AUGGUUGCCAAGCGUCGCAGCGUCUACAGCACGAUGACCAAGGGUCCUAUGUACACGGGCGCCACGCUGCGCUUUACCCGCGGCCCGUACUACGCGCCGUCGCCGGACGUUGUCGCCGACAAGGGCAUGACCCGCGAGGACAUUGAAGCGCGCAUCCACCGCAUCCAGUGUGCUCAACGAAUCAUGUGGUACAAUGGCGAAGAAAAGUACAAUUUUGAUUCUCAAGACAUCGACGACCUGGCUCUCGUCUUUGGGAUCUGCGAUGCCACGACCCUCGAGGAGCUCUCGGCCGCCGACAAGACCCGUCUCGACAAGCUGGUUCUCAACGUUCACAACAUGGCCCAGUCAAAGCAGCGGGCCAUUUGGCGCGUGCACCGACGCUUUGCGAUGCUGGAGCGUGAGCGCGACAUGUGCGAGGCUCUGGGACUCGGACGCAAGCCGUUCUGCGCAAUCACCGAGGCGGAAAAGAUUCCGCUGCGUUUCUUGAUCGGAUCCGAUUGGAAGGACGUCAAGUCGGUCGCCGACGUUGCCUGUAGCGUCAGCGAAGCACAGAAGCGCCACCAGAGAACGCUGUGGAGGAUCCAAGUGAGGGGCAUCACCAAGCGCUGCACGUGUUGCCGCUACUACAAGCACGCUCCUCGAUACACGCUGCGACGCGACUGCCGAGAUGUCACCCAAUUCGACGCGCGGACUCACUGGGAAGACGAAGACAUGGCGAUUGACGAUGACGUGGCACGUGCGUGGGACGAGGAAGCGAGCGUUUUGGACGACGAAGACGACGAUGACGAUCUCACCCAUGAAGGCGAUGCGGAAGACGACGACAUGGAGCAGUACGACUUUUGCGCGAUCGACGUCCCCGAAGAAGAGAAGGCCAGCGUGGCGCAUACGAGUACAUGUAGUACGAUGUAAUCCUAGCCAGUCGUUUCGAUCCUUUGAAUGGGCACAGCUCUUCUGUGU